UUACAUAUAUAGGAAUUUUCGUCUUUGUAAUUAUAUUUUGUGUACAUUUGAGUUGAAGGAAACUUGGAAAGUAACCUGAGACCAGAGGUCAAAACGCCCAGCUCAGUGCAGAUUAUCAAACGGGGCAGCAGUGUCUUAAUUAGGAUCCACUGUUUAUCUUCUUUCAAUCCAUAUUGAGAUAUCCGUAGAGCUACAACAACCAAUAAUUAGAAUGGAGGAAGCAGUGCUGCUGGCUUCCUGCUUCAUUUUCUUUGCAAAAAUGGCUUUCUCUUCUUCUGAUAAUUCAUAUUUUCUUACCUUGCAUAACGAUGUUCGUCGAGAAGUUGGUGUCAAGCCUUUGGUAUGGGACAGUUCUUUAGAGAAUUAUGCAAAAAACUUACUACUUCACAGCAAAAAUCAAUCUUAUCCAGACGUGCAAAGCAAUCGAUAUGGCAUGAACUUGGGUGGAUCAUCUGGACAGAAUGACUUUUUUAGGAAAAACUUUGAUUUUGAAAACUUAACUUUGUGGUCUUGGAUUGACGAGAAAGAUGUGUAUGACAUAGAGUCAAAUUCUUGUGUAGCUGAAGAAGAGUGUAGGCACUAUACUCAAAUGGUUUGGCAUAGUUCAGAUCGUCUGGGAUGUGCUGCGGUUCAGAUCCUCAGUGAAACAACUUGGCGAGUUACUCUGCUUUGUCUAUAUGACCCCCCGGGCAAUGCAGCUGGGCAGUACCCAUAUGUGUUUCAGCGCCAUUUCGCAUUCAAUUCCGCUUCCUGGAAGAACAAUCUGUCUAUUGAGCAAAGGAAUUGGGUUUUCACUGAUGGCUCUACAUACAGACCAAUAUUGCUAACAACAAAUGGCCCCGACAGUCCCCCUAUUGGUUUUGGAUUUUUCACUGAUGGAAGUAAAGGCGACACCUUUUAUCUUGUCGUUUUCUCACUAAAGAUAUCCUCUGCUGGUCUCAAUGCCAACAAAAAUCUAUCCUCAAUCAAUCUACUUGCUCCACCAGUUAUUUUUUGGUCUGCAAAUAGAGAUAAUCCUGUGAGAGAGAAUGCUACCCUGGACUUCACAUCAAAAGGGGACCUGCUUCUGAAAGAUUCAGAUGGGAGUCUUGUUUGGUCUACAAAUACUUCGGGCCUUUUGGUCCAGAAGAUGAGUUUAACAACACAAGGAAAUUUGGUACUUGAGGAUAGCACUGGUCACACCCUAUGGCAGUCCUUUGAUCAUCCAACUGAUACAUUGCUGCCUAAUCAGGUCCUUUCAAUAGGCAAAAAACUGGUGGCUCGCAAUUCCUCAUCCAGUUUCGCAUCAGUUGCAGAAUCUGUCUAAUGAUAUUGCCUUCAUUGAGAAACUCCUAAAUGGAUUGCGAUUCAAUGUCAGUGCUGA